AUGCUGGCUCCGUUCAUGCUGACCACUCUGGCGGGCGUGCUGCUUGCGGCCCCCGAGGCUUCCGCUGCGUGCAGCAACUGGUCCACUCGCUACCAGAAGAAUCUGGAGGGCGUCUGCGUCUGCAACUCGACCCAGUGCGACACGGUCUCGAAUGACUACACGAGCCUCAUCCCCGGCCAGGUGGGCGUCUACACGUCGUCCAAGGACGGCGAUCGCUUCGCCUACAAGGUGGUGAACGUCGACCAGACCGCCGCGAGCAGCCCGACGUACACCAUCGAUGUCUCGACCCAGUACCAGACCAUGAUCGGCUUCGGCGGCAGCUUCACGGACGCCGCGGCCAUCAACGUGUACAAGCUCUCGGCGACGCUGCAGCAAAUGGUGCUGGACCAGUACUACUCGGACAAGGGGCUGCAAUACUCGCUGGGCCGCGUGACCAUCGGCUCCACGGACUUCUCGACCAGCAUCUACUCGUACAACGACAACGAAGGCGACCUGGCCCAGGACAAGUUCUCUAUUGACGUGGACCGCAAGUCCAACAAGAUCGACCUCAUCCAGCGCGCGCUGCGGACCUCGUCGCGCGACAUCAAGCUGUUUGCGUCGUCGUGGGCCCCUCCGGCGUGGAUGACGACCAAGACCACGACCAUCAACUGCGCGCUCAAGGGCAACCCGGGCGAGGAGUACUGGCGCUCGCUGGCGCUUUACUACUCCAAGUUCUUCGACGAGUAUCAGAAGGAGGGCAUCGACUUCUGGGCCAUGACGGUGCAGAACGAGCCGACCAAGUCCAUCCUGCAGACGUCCGAGUGGCAGUCGCUGCGUAUGACGGCCGAGCAGCAGCGCGACUUCGUCAAGCUUGACCUGGGCCCCACAAUGGCCAAGAACCACCCGAACCUCAAGAUCAUCGCCGGUGACGACCAAAAGGCGGGCAUUCUGGACGAGCUGGCCCCGUUCGAGGACGCCGACGCGCUCAAGUACAUCAGCGGCCUGGGCGUGCACUGGUACCGCAACCUCGACUUCUUUUUCUUCAGCCUGGGCGGCGACUUCGACAAGCUGCUGACGUUCCACAACAAGUUCCCGGACGUUUUCAUGCUCGCGACUGAGGCGUGCGAGGGAUUCCUGCCGAGCUUCUUGGGCACGGGCUCGGGCGUGUCGCUCACGGACGCUGACAAGAGCUGGUCUCGCGCCGAGAACUACGGCCACGACAUCAUCGAGGACAUCAACAACUUCGUGGUCGGAUGGACGGACUGGAACCUCGUGCUGGACACCACCGGAGGCCCCAACUGGGCCAAGAACUUCGUGGACGCGCCGAUCCUCGUGGACGAAGUCAGCGGCGCCGAGUUCUACAAGCAGCCCAUGUUUUACAUCAUGGGCCACUUCUCCAAGUUCGUGCCGGCCGGUUCGCGCCGCAUCGAGUUCCCCAAGACCAAGACGCUCAGCAACUUCCACCGCUGCGCGUUCGUCACGCCCGACAACAACGUCGUGUUGCAGUUCCUGAACCGCGACAGCUCCAAGGUUACCGUGAGUGUCAAGCAGACGGACGCCAAGACGUUCACGCUGACGCUGCCCGGCCACUCGAUGCAGACGGUCAUCCUGCCGGCGUCUGAUGCUACCAAGAUCCAGGCUUAG